UACAACAUAUUUACUAAAUGUACUGGCACACGUGAGUGUGCAAACGUUGAGGUACUAGAAACCCAUCUUAGCGGCUUUAUUUGCUGUCGAAAAAAACUUUAGCACUUUACAGGUCCAUGGGUGAAACAACAAUGGCCGAUCGCCAAACAAAAUGCCGCGAUGACGUCACGCGCAGGCUCAUUUACGCGGGAAUUCGGAUUGAUCAAGAUUGCGAAAUCCAAGUAAAACGCUAUUAAUAUUUGUUCAGUGAUAAACCAGAGAUAUCUCUGGAUAAACCAAAUCACUGAAUGAUCAGGGUUUAUUUAAUUCAUUUGUUUAGUACAGUGUUUAGCGAUAAUUCAGUUUUUUAAAUCGUAGUUUUGUGUAAAUAUAGAGGAAUUAAUGUUUUAGUAUAUCCCCACUUAUAUUUUCACAUUCUUUAUGCUGUAUUUGGGAUAAUUAGGACGACUUUCUAAUUUGCCAAUAUGUCAAGUAAACAUCUUGCUACAGGCGAUUUCCUUCCAGAUUUAACCAAGGACAAAAUAACGCUAUUUUCUAUGCUGUUCUGUCCAUUUGCUCAGCGCGUGAGACUGAUUUUGGAGUACAAAGGAUUAGAUUACAAAGUCGUCAACGUAAAUCUUAAAAGUAAACCCGAUUGGUUGGUACAGUUGAACCCUAAGAGCGAGGUUCCGAUACUUUACAUAGAUGGCGCUUUUAUCAGCGGGAGUGUGGAAAUUUGCGAUUUUCUGGAUGAAAAAUAUCCAGAACCGAGUUUGUAUGCUAAUAUCGUCGACAAAAGUAAUGAAAGUAGCUUGGUGAGCAAUGUAAGUCCGCUUAUUGCACUGUAUUACAAGGCUGCAUGGAAAAAGGAUGAUAAAUCUUUUGAAGAACAUAUGAAUGGAAUGAAGCCACAUCUGGAAGAACUAGAAAAUAAGUUGAAGGAUAGCGAUUUUCUUGGAGGCAAUUCUCCAAAAUUUGCGGAUUUUAUGAUAUGGCCGUGGUUUGAAAGGGCAGAAGUAUUAUCCAUGACAUACAAUGAAAAACUGCCAUACAAUAAGUUUCCUAUGCUAACCAAAUGGUGUGAGAACAUGAAGAAACAGGAAUGUGUUUCUAAAGUAUUAAUUGAACCAAUUAGACACCACAAAGCUGCCCAAUUUCAUUUAGGAGCCCCUCCAUUGUAUGAUGAGAUAUAAAAUGUAAUAAAUAAAAAC